UGUUAUAUAUCGUACAGUACAGCUUGCAACGCUACAUUUACUCUCUCUCUCUCUCUCUCUCUAGAAACUAGCUCCAGUUGUGGCUUCUUCUUCUCCAUUAUUCUCGUCUGCUCACCUUUUAUUUUCUUCAGUUAAUGCUCCCGUCGGUGUUCUGUUGACCGUCGGUGUCCUGCUGUUGACCGUCGGUCCUAUGUGACUUAAGUUACCAAACAUUAAAAAGGUAUUUUCAAGCAAUGGAACACAAGUCAUGGCUAUGGAAGAAAAAGUCGAUUGAGAAGACCAUGUUUACACCUGAUAAGGUCAACAGAGGGAAUGAAGAUGAGUUACAGGGAAUUUUAGCUUAUGAAGAUGAACUUGAAAGAAACUUGAAUACUUCAAAUGAAAAGCUUUCAAAUGCACUUGCUGAGAUUAAAACCAAAGAUGACAUUGCAAAGAAACAAACAAACAUCGCACGUGAAGCCAUUCAAGGAUGGGAGAAAGCAGAAGCAGAAGUUUUAGCAUUAAAACAAGAGCUAGAAAAAGCUACACAACAAACAGCAGAAAGUGAGGAAAGAUUAUAUGGUGUUGAUGCAGCUUUAAAAGAGUGUAUGCAUCAGCUUCGAUUCGUUCGUGAAGAACAAGAAAAAAGGAUUCAUGAUGCUGUGAUGAAAACAUCACGAGAAUACGAAAAAUCAAGAAUCAUUCUAGAGGAAAAGUUAUCAGAAUCGAAUAAAAAACUUUCGAAACUAAUUUCCGAAAAUACCCAUUUGACUAAAGCUCUUUUAUCAAAAGAAAAACUCAUAGACGAACUACAUUCAUCAAAGAAUCAACUGGAUUCUGAUCUGAGUUCACUCAUGAGUCGACUCGAGUCGACUCAGAGAGACAACGCUUCUUUAAGCUAUGAAGUCAGAGUCAUGGAGAAAGAACUUGAAAUCAGAAACGAAGAGAGAGAUUUCAAUCGAAGAACUGCUGACGUGGCACACAAACAACACUUAGCAAAUGUGAAAAAGAUUGCACAGCUGGAAACCGAAGCACAAAGACUCCGUGUUCUUGUUAGAAAACGUCUCCCAGGUCCCGCUUCUCUUGCAAAAAUGAAGACCGAAGUAGAAUUGCUUGGCAAAAAGUCAAACUUUGACCAUGAUUCAAUCACUUCAAUUAAACAAAUCAACUUUUUAACCGAACAAUUAUGUUCUUUAGAAGAAGAAAACAAACUUCUUAAAGAAUUCAUCACCCAAAAAACAAAUUUAUCAGCCUCUUCUGACAUUGAUGAAAAGGGAAGCAUGGCUGAAUCGUGGGCCCCAUCUUGCAAAACAGUAGGAGCUUCAGAUAUCGGAUUAAUGGAUGAUUUCAUUGAAAUGGAAAAGCUAGCAAUAGUUUCAGUUGAAAAUCAAGAAACCCAAUUCGAUAAAAAGUCAAUUGAAAAACUUAUUGAGAUGAUUGAAGGGAUGAGAUUAUGUGAUAAAGCUUCAGAAACAUCAACAACAGAAGGAUACACAGUUCGUGUUCUUCAAUGGAAGACAUGUGAGCUUAGUGGUGUUGUUGAAUCGUUUGUAAAAACUUGUAAUGGUUUGUUGAACAGGAACGUUGACUUUGAGAAAUUUGUCAAAGAGUUGACUUUGACUUUGGAAUGGAUUGUGAACCAUUGUUUUUCGCUUCAAGAUGUGUCAAGUAUGAGGCAUGAAAUGGAUAAAAGAUUUGAUUGGGGGGAUGAGAAUCGUGGUGAGUUUGAAGAGGUUAAGAAAUUGAAAGAUGAUUUGGAUAAUUUGGAACAGAAAUUGGAAUUGGAAGUUGGGAAGAGUGAGUUGUUGGUUAUGAAGGUUAAGGAAUCGGAAAAAGCGAUUGAAAAUUUGGAAUUGGAAUUGGAAUCUUUGAAGGUGUCAAAGGAAUUGGAUAUGAAGGUGAAAGAAGAUCUUGAUGAACAGUUGAUUGAGGCGAUUGGUGAGUAUAAUGAGAUUUUUGAAAAAUCUAUGUCUGUUGAAGGGCAAGAAAGUAAUAACACUAGCUGUAAUCAAGAACUGGAAUCCGAAAAUCUUGAUCAACAUUUCAUGCCUGAAAGUGUGAUAGAACGGGAUAUACAAACAAUUGAGUUGAAUGAAGAUGAAAAGAGACUUCAAAGUGAGCGUGAAAUAAUAGCGGCUUCAGAAAAAUUAGCCGAAUGCCAAGAAACAAUUUUAAACCUCGGGAAACAAUUAAAAGCAUUAGCUUCACCAACAAAUGCAUCCGUUCCCGAUAAAAUUAUAUGCAACCCGAUUUAUGAAGCUCCGCCACCACCACCAUCACCGCCGCCCCCCGUAACCGCCGCCACGAACCACCACCGGAUUUCUCUUCUCGAUAAAAUGAUGGCGGAGGAUGCGGCAAAAGCUAUCGAAACCACAAAAACAAAAUCAUCAUUUGUAGGUGUAAAUGGGAUUAAUGGAAUAAAACAUCAAGAAGAUGAAGAUGCUUUGGUGAAUUUUUUGUCAAUUGUUCCAAGUAAGAAGAAGAAAAGUGGAGUGUUGAGGAAAUUGCUUUGGAGAAGGAAGAAAAGUAACAAGUGAAAUGACUUUUUUGUCCUCCUAGUUGACAUUUUUGGCAUAUGGUUUGAAUAUUAUUAUACGACACGUAUGUAAAAAAAAAAAUUAUAAUAACAGUAGAUUAUGUCAAAUCGAAUGUAAUUAGGAGGAUAUACUUUAGUUGUGUGGUGGGUUGGGAUUUGGGAAUAAUGUGAUUUGGCUUUUGGUUGGAAUCCCUAAAAGAUAUAGAAAGAAGAGAGAUGGAUUUUUGUUGUAAUGUGAUGUGUGUAUAUAUAACUGUAACCUAAAGAAAUGGGAUUUGCUUUUGAAUGAAGAUCUAAAACUUUUACAUAAA